AUGUCUGAUCAAAUAACAAGUAAAGAUAUAUUCCAAGAUGCUUUUACGAGACAAGAGAGUCAGAAACUAUCAAGACCAAAACAGACGAUACAAGAUCUUGAAGAAUUAAAAUCUUAUCAGCAAACAAAACGGAAAGAAUAUGAACAACAAUUGAAUAAAAAUAGAUUGAAUUUUGGUCAAUGGAUAAGAUAUGCACGCUGGGAAAUUGAGCAUAAUCAUGAUUGGAAUAGAGGUAGAUCAAUUUUUGAAAGAGCAUUAGAUGUGGAUAUUCAAUACGUACCUUUUUGGAUCCAAUACCUUCAAAUGGAAUUAAGUUAUAAGAAUAUAAACCAUGCGAGGAAUCUACUUGAUAGAGCUACAAAGACCCUUCCAACAAUUAACAAAUUAUGGUUUUUGUACAUUCAAACAGAAGAGAUGUUGAAGAAUUACGCCAUGGUGAGGCAACUCUUUGAAAAAUGGUUGGAAUGGCAUCCUGAUUAUAUUGCAUGGGAUGCUUAUAUAAACUUUGAAUCAAGAUAUGAAGAGAAUGAAAAUGUAAGGUUAUUAUAUCAGAGAUAUAUAAAGGAGUUUGGGAAACUAGAGAUUUGGAAUAAAUGGAUAGAUUAUGAAUUAGAAACAAAUAAUGAAGUAGAAAAUACCAGGAGUAUAUUUGAGAGUUGUAUUGAUUUGAACGUUAAUAAAUUGACGGAAGAUGACGUUGUGUUUGCUGCUAUUGUUUCCAAAUGGGCAAACUGGGAAAUUAGCCAAAAAGAAUAUGGUAGAGCUAAACAAAUUUAUGAUAUAUUAUUAAACAAUCAUUUUGUAUUACCUGAUAAUAUAAAGAAAUUGAUAUAUGAUUCAUUUGUUGAAUUUGAAUCUAAUUUUGGUAAUCAGGAUAGUUUAGAAUCAUCAGUUCUAGCUAAUCGAAAAUUAAAAUAUGAACAAGAAUUGGCUUCUGAUCCAUUUGACUAUGAUUCUUGGUGGUCUUUAUUAAAUAUACUCAUGGACAAUUAUUCUGUCGAAGAAAUACGAUCAGCAUUUAAGAAAGUGACGAAUAAUGCACCACCUGAUAAAACUAAAACUAUUAGAUGGAGAAGAUAUAUCAUGAUAUGGAUACGGUAUGCCUUUUAUGAAGAGUUUGACAACCAUAAUAUUGAAUUAUCAAGAGAGAUAUGGAAUAAAUGUUUGAAAAUUAUACCACAUAAACGAUUUUCAUACAGUAAAAUAUGGAAAAACUAUGCAGAUUUUGAAUUAAGAAAUAGUACAAAUGAUGAAUUGACUAAAGUUAGGAAAAUAUAUGGCAGAUCAAUCGGACAAACGUGUAUUAAAAAGCCAAAACCAAGUAUAUUCCAGAAUUAUAUCAAUUUUGAGAUGAAAUUGGGAGAAUAUGAUCGAAUAAGAUCAGUUUAUGAAAAAUGGCUAGAAGUGGCCCUAAUCACACAACUGCCAGCAAAUGAUAUAAUCACAAAAUAUUUAAAUUUUGAAAUGGAAAUUGGUGAGUAUGCUAGAUGUGAAUCAAUACUAGAUCUCGCUUUUGAGUUCUCAAGUAAUGAAGAUACUUAUACGUGUUUCAAUCAACAAGAUUUGUUUCAAACGGCUGUUGAUUUCUUUAAAGAUGAGAUGAAAUAUGACAAGAUACGUGAUUUAUAUGAACAGCUUAUAGAACAAGAUCCAAGCACAAGUAACUGGAUUUCAUAUGCCUUAUUUGAGUCUAUAAUACCUACAGCUGCACAAUUGGAAGAAUAUUUAGCUACAAAUGAUGAGGAGUUUGAAAUUGAUGUAGGUGAAGAACAAAUUGAGAAUACAAGAAGUAUAUUUAAAAGAGCUGAGGAAUAUUAUAAAGAUGUUAAAGAUGAUGACAAUAGAUUAGUUAUACUUGAAGUUUGGAAUGAUUAUGAAGAGGUAAAUGGAACAGAAGAAAGUUUAAAAGAAAUUCAAUCGAAAUUUCCAAAAAGAGUUACUAAACAUAGAAGAAAUACACAAGGUAUUGAAGAAGAAUAUAUUGAAUAUCUAUUUCCAGAUAAAGAAGAAGACCAACAAAAACCACAACCAAACAAUAUUAGUGAAUUCUUAUUAAAUGCUAAAAAAUGGGCAGAAUCUCGAAAUAAUUAA